AUGUCGCCUGAGCUACGACCCGGGGUCUACUCGGCACAAGAGAUCCGCAAACACUCGCUGCCUCUGGACUUGUGGAUGACAAUCCAUGGUAAAGUGUACGAUGUGACUGCUUUUGCACAAGAACACCCUGGCGGUGUGGAGGUGCUCUUGGACUGCGGUGGAGUUGAUGCUACAGAGGCAUUUGACGAUGUGGCCCACUCGGAUUUGGCAAGGGAGAUGCUCGAGCCGUACUUUGUCGGUUUUGCCGAAUCCGCCCAGAGAGAACACCAAAGAGGUCAGUGA